UGUUUUAUAUAUAGUCACGAUUUUCAGACGAUUUGAAGACUGAUUUGUAUUUGUCGCAACCACCCUGUUCGAUGACUCGUAAUCUCCACUACAAAAAUCUAUUGAAUAACUAAAUGAAAAAAGACCGAACUAACUGAUACGUGAAACGUCGAGUAAAAAGAAAACAGAACAAAAACCCAUACACUGCUUGGAAUUUACAAACACCGAUCGAAGUCUUUGUGACAAAGGACGAUAGUGUCACAAGGCCUCCAAAAGACUAUUCUGGUCCUUUGGCCCCGUGGACAUUAGUAUGGCUUCCAUAUCUCGAAUUUCACGUUACUGUUAUCUAUAUGAUUUUAUAUACCAGUAACACAGCAAACCACAUACAUGGUUUAAAAACAUUUAUUAUAAGUCUGAAUCUACAAGAUAGUCUCCAGGAACCCAGGCUGAUGUAGUUCUACAAUGUGUGCUGAUUUGUGGUUUGGGCAGAUGUUUGACAGGCUAUCCCUACCCAAAUAUUGAUUCUGGUGGAAAGGGACGAAUGAUGGGUGCGAUAUUUGUAUGACAAUAUAUUCCGAUGUUUAUUUGUAGAAUACCUAGCUAAUUAACCCAAAUCUAGCUGUACAAAUAUACCGCAACUCAUUGUAAAUAGUACGUGCAAUUCACUCCUUUCAGUCAAGUUAGUUUCGACAAAUAAGUCAACGUGUUAGUGGUCUAUUGCUGUUGGGGCGGUAGAGGCAUGCCUUGGACAAAUUUUAAUAUUUUAGCAAUAUUUAUGGGUUAUCUCAGAAGACUUUGCGUGUGUGUGUGUGUGGGGGGGGGGGUCAACUACAACCCAUAGAAUCGUUGCAAGAUAAUGGGUUGAGUUUGGUAUUUAUGUACAGACAGGCCCUAAAACACUCAAUUUAGCCGCUGUUAUAGGAGUCCAAAAUGCUUUACCAAAUAUAUGACCAAGCAAGAUGAAGACUACACAUCCUCCCUAUUCCCAUAUUCUAAUUUUACGAGCUAUUUAAUCAUGUCAACAACACAUAUUCACGUUUAUAUUUGAUAAAUUGUUUUCACCCAUUUUACUCAAAUUUUACAGAUGUUUUCAGCAAUGGACGCAAGAAUUUCCAAGAGCCGAUACACCACUUUAGUUCAGAGAGUAGACUGAGUUUGGAUAAACCCCUCGAAUCCACAGUCACUAAGAAUCUAACUAGCGGAAGUGCGUUUCGAGAUAAACAUAGCUGGACCACAAAAGGCAAAAUGUUUGAAUCCGACUCGGAAUCUGCUUAUCAGACAGAAUCCAUUUACAGGGAUAGACUGAUACUGGUGAACAGAACGUGUCGUAACAGUGCGAAAGUCUCAACCCAUUAUACCUUUUUUAGUUCAAGUAAGCACGGUCUCUCGUAUUGCCAAAGCCCAAAGGUAGGCUGUACUCACUGGAUUAACAUUUUUCGCUUUCUCGCAAACGCAACUGGGGAUGUGUUGUAUAAGAGUCCAUUUGACAUUCCUAGAAUGGUAACGCAUUAUGGUAGUAAAAGAAGAAUGGAAUACAAUAUAACAUUAGAUAAAACAAUUAAUAGCAACUUUAAAUUUAUGUUCGUCAGAGAGCCCUACGCGCGCUUGUGGUCAGCCUUUCUGGAUAAAUUUUUUUUGCCAGAUUUUUGGAGAAGUCAAGGUAUUAUCAUUCAAACAUAUUUGAAAAAGCGUAGGGACAGUUGUGCUAAGGGUAUAAGCUUUGAAGAAUUCUUAGAAUAUAUCGUGUCCAAACCCCCAUCCCAACUAAAUGCGCACUGGGCUCCUUUUAGAUACAUCUGUGAUCCCUGUGACUUCCAUCCAGAUUUUAUUGGAAAUAUGGAAACCUUUAUACAGGAUAAUAAGUAUAUUCUGGAAAAGUUUGGACUUGCUUGGAUAGCAGAUGAUAUUGUUUCACGCGAUCAUGCCAUGCAGGAAAUCAGGAUGUUGAGUGAAUACAAUUUCAAUUUACUGAAAGUCUAUAAAACAGAAUGUUUAAACGCCACCUCAUUGUCAAAACUUCUAUGGAAAACAUUCCAAAUAAAUGGUUACAUUGGUUUUAAUUCUAUAUUAGAGGAAAGUAAAAACUCAAACUGGAACUGUGAGACAUUCACCAACAAAGUCCUACAACAACACAAAGCGGACAAAUUAAGUUCCCAAAAGGCCAAAGAGCAAAAACUCGUUUAUAUGACAGCCGCUUAUAGACGUGUUCCUAAUUCUGUUUUGAUCAAGUUACGAAAACUAUAUAAAGACGAUUUUGAAAUGUUUGGCUACGACCCCGAGUUUAUCCCGUUGAACAGUCCAUCUCUAUUAUAGACUAUUCCUGAAUUAAGAAUAAAUUGCAUAACUAUUAUUAUGUAUAUAAAAAGAGAAAAGUUUGUUUGUUUGUGGGAUGGCUAGGAAACCAAACGGUUGACGUUAUAAAUUUUAAAAUAAAUUGCACAACUAUUAUUAUGUAUAUAAAAAGAGAAAAGUUUGUUUGUUUGUGGGAUGGCUAGGAAACCAAACGGUUGACGUUAUAAAUUUUAAAAUAAGCCAUAACAAUAGGAUUUAAAGGUGCUUUUUAUUUUGUAUUUGAAGCAGUAGUUAAGGAUGAAACUGACAAUUAAUGUUAUGGGGAUUAAUAAUAACAUAUCACACCUUUCUGCAACCGCGGUGUAAAAGAACCAUUGUCUGUAUGGUCAUGUUCAGUAUCCCGGUUGGUGCAGAAAAGUGUGACGUUAAAACCCAUUUCAUCUAUUUCCAUAACUUUCUAGACUGGCUCAUUACCUUAACCGAAAACUCUUUAUUUUUCUGACAAAGUCUUUACUCAAAGUUAAGGUUAGUAAAUAUAGUGAGAUGAAAUGUACUAUUUCUUUAAAUAGAUUAUUGUAAAUCUCGUUUAAAUAUAAUCUAUAUUCUGAAUGAUGCGACGAUAUCCUGUGGAAACGAUGUGUUCAGUAUCGCGUACCGCCGAUCUAUUUUCUUAUACAUCAACAAUUGAAAUCGAGAUGUUCGAUGAACACUUGAAAUAAGCCUUUGCAGUUGGAAUUCGAGGAAGUGUGUGCGAGGAAAUACCUCUUUCCGUGGUAGCGGGAAUGUAUAAGUGACCUUUGGAUACGUAGAAUAUAACUUUUAUAUGUAGAAAAUAGUCGAGUAUACGUAAAUCUUAAAUCUAUAUCUCCAUACGUAUAUCGACAUCAUUGCGGGCUGAAGAAAUGUAUAAGUCAGUAGAUAUAGCUGUGACUAAUAAUGCAUAUCAUUUUCAGGUCGAUAUCUAAACUAUUUCCAAUAAAUACUAAAAAAUCUUUUACCGAACUAGCCCUCUUUCCUCGUAAUAUGUUUAGUGAUUUGGCCCGGGUUGGCCUUAUUUUAGAGAUCUAAAAAAAAAACUACAUGGUUAAUCUUGCAUGACGCGACCAAGAAAUGCACAUAACUUUCGUUUUCCCCCAACUGGCGGAAUUAUCUCACACCGGUUCCAGAAGUGGAGGUGCUCGAUCGUAGAUUUUGGUUUGUCUAACAGUAAGUCGUUGGGCGGCCAAACCAUACUUUCGCAGCGUUAACUUCAUUUCGGCCAACUUAUGAGAAAACACUAUUACCCCCGGGACAGUAGUAACCAGAGAAAAUUAAAAAUCCUCCUAACAACACAUCCAACAUCAUUCUCGUUUUUAUAUUUCCUGACAGACAGACCAAUGGACAAUAUCUUGCUAUACUUAUUCUUUUACUUAAACAUACAUUAUGCAAGAGCUGAAUCUGCAUAUUGCAGGUCUUUCUUAAGGCCUGAAAUGUCAUCUAAAUUAUUAAUUAACUUAUCCAGACCAUAAUCAACUCUCGAUGUUUGCGAUGGUUAUUGGAUUAUUCAUGAUUUAGUCAUGAAUUGGAUAAUCGAGACUAUGUUUUUUUUAUUGGUUCAGUGUCGAUCAAUUUGACUGAAAUUUUCAGCAAAUUCAAUUUACAUUACCUAAUUUAUAACUAUUAUAGUGAGAACUGCCAGUUCUUUAUCUAAUCUCCCAUAAUGUAUCUUUAAAGGAAAAUGAGGGGGAUCAAUUUUUCUAUUAUUUAUAAUGCUAUACACUCCCAAGCAUACAACGCCUAAAUCACGCUUAGUACAUUUGCCUCUGUAUAGAUUUAGAUAAACAAACAAAAACACCUGCGAAAAUAUUUAAUUGCGUGAUGACAGAUUUGGUAGAAAAAUGUAUUUUAAGAUGAAUUGAGCGCUUUAAAAGAUUUUUGGCUUGUGCGUCAAAUCUUGUUCGCCAGGUUAGUUGAAAUUAAAGAGUUCAUCGCUAUAUAAGAUAUAGACGUUUUAAAGAAAUGAAAUGGGGUUUAACGUCCUACUGUUCUGCUCCAAACAGUGAGUUAUAAUGGAAAUUUACAUGCACGCCAAUGUGUACCCGGGAACUAGACAGCUUUCUUGUCAGGAACUCCGUCCUGCAUCACUGGAAAGGCGGAACCACGCCUGAAAAUCUGGAUGAACUUUCUCGGCCAAUGCAGGGAUCGAACAUCCGACGACCAGGCUAGCGAACCAGCGUCUAACCCACUUAGCCACCGUGACCCCGUGUGUUAAAAAAUUCGUCCCAAAUACAUAAUACAACGUAAUCGUCAAUUAUAUCAGAUCACUCACACAACUGCAGAAUGAGUUACGUAACUGAACGGCAGGCCGGUAGGCAGCCCGGGGGAGGGGGCAAGAGGGCAAUGCCCCCCGAAAAUAUUUUGCCCCCCUCCCCCCCAAAAAAAGUUUCCGGUCAUAGCUCUAAAUUACCUACUGUAGACUGUGCCCCCACCCUAAAAACGUCACUGUCCCCCGCCGAAUGGUUCACCAUUUGGGGGCCUCGGCGCCUCGGUGAGUAAGUUUACUAUAAGGCAUUCAAUCUAUUUCAUAUAGAACUUUGCAAUGUUGUUUUAUCCUUCGCAAGACAAGCUAUUUAUAAGCGCCGCAUGUUUAUUUUAGAUGAAGAAAAUUGUAGAUUAAAUAUUAUUAACUUGUUUAAAAAUAUUUUAAAAGAGAAUUUAUACAAUAUUAGUAAUAUUUUAAAGAAUAAUAUGUCAAAUUUUAUUGAUAAGUUCAUUAAGCCGUCAUUCCUUAUAAUAUAUGAAAACAAUGGAAGUAUUAAAUUAGAUUUUUGAAAAAGUUGGUAUAUACACUCGACUUUUACUUUGUAAAUUACCCCUUUUAAUUACUUUUAAUGUAAACACUGUAAAUAUUCAUGUGUACAGCUAUAAACCCAACAAAAAUAUGUUUUAAACCUUACCUAUUAACUCUGUCACAUGUAUAAGUAUGUUUAGUAUAUUUUUGUUUAUUCAUGUAUGACAUGUCUGUAUAUAUUUUAAUAUCUGAAUAAAUAU